UCUCUCUCUACACUGAGAAAAGUUUUCUUUCUGAGUCAAUCUAAUAUUCUAAUGUCUAACGCUAACCACUCUCCCCUUUCUUGAAACGUCUGAUUGCAUUUGAUUAUCGUUGAUGGAUCGUUAGAUUCGAAUCCGUUUCAUCCUCUGCAACGGAUGAUGUCCUCAAGUACAAAUCGGACGGUUUCUAAACACGAACGAACAAGAAGAAGUCCGUACUGAACUACAGAUAGUAAAACCCCGGCUUUCGGUGGCUCAUCCAGCCGAGCCGGUGUGGACUAUCGUCCUCUCUCCAUAAUCUCCAGACGUAGCGUUCACUCACUCCUUCAGAAUCUUCUGGUCCAACUGGCGCUCGGCGAACGCAUCUCUCUCUACUCAACUCUGUAACUGCAACUUAGGGUUCUUCAUUUCAUGAUUCCACCAAGGAUCUGACGUUUCAUAACCGAAACGACUCGUCUUCCUUCAAUUCGUCGCUACAGCGACGUUCCACCGGUAGGUUAUUGCCACUGAGUAGAACAAAGACGAUUUGCGAAGCAACUGUGGCGUGUACUCGUUCAUUCACGAACGCUCUGUUUCUUGCUUUGCAUCAGUGAGAUUUCGAGGAUUUAAUGGUUUCACAAAUCCCGGAUAAGUUUGAGUGAAUAUUGAACUGAGUUUGAAGGUUUUCUCCUUUGGAGAUCGGCAAGCUAUUGCAGCAGAUUAAUAGAAACUGUUUGUUACUGUGUUCUCGUUCGUUUACGAACACUUUUGUGAGUUGUACAGUUAUUUCUGUUAUCCAUUUGCAUGAGUCAGAAUUUGGAGGCUUCUUUGGGUCAAAAGGCUUGGAUUUCGAUCACAGAUUGCUGAGGAGAUCGAUUUAGAUUCCCUGUAAAUAAGAAUCAUGAAUACGGAGCUUUUGGGUAUUCAACCCCACGAGCUUAAGUUCACGUUUGAGCUGAAGAAGCGAAGUUCGUGCUCAAUCCAACUUGUCAACAACUCUAGUCAGUAUGUUGCUUUCAAGGUUAAAACUACAUCUCCAAAGAACUAUUGUGUGCAACCCAACAUUGGCAUUGUCCGGCCAAGUUCAACUUGUAAUUUUACAGUUACAAUGCAAGCUCAACGGGAAGCUCCACCUGAUAUGCAGUGUAAAGAUAAAUUCCUAAUCCAGAGCACAAUUGUUCCCUUUGGGACAACAGAGGAGGAUAUUACACCUAGCACGUUCAUGAAGGAUGGUUUCAAAUAUAUUGAAGAGAAUAAGUUGAAAGUGGUUCUUGUUAGCCCAGCCCAUUCGCCAGUACUACAACCUAUUAAUGGAACCUUGAAGCUGGAUUCAGCACAUGAAGCUUCAAUUUCAACAGACCAAAUACUCAAUGGAGUUGAAAACCAUCCACCAUCUCAUAUGGUAGCUACUGCUGCUGUGGAGGAGUUCAAACCUAGUAAAGAUGUGGACUCAAAACCAGCUAAGAGUGUGGAGGAGUUGAAACCUAGUAAAGAUGUGGAUUCAAAACCAGCUAAGAGUGCGGAGGAGUUGAAACCUAGUAAAGAUGUGGAUUCAAAACCAGCUAAGAGUGUGGAGGAGUUGAAAUUAUUAAAGGAAAUAGAGUUGAAACUAGCGAAGGAAAACAAGGAGCAGAAGUUGGCUAAGGCUACUGAGGAGUUGAAUUCAAAGCUAAAUGAAUGGAAAUUAAAGCUUAGUGAGGCUAAUACUUCCAUUGCAAAGCUAACAGCGGAGAAGACCAUAAUCAUUCAAGAGAGAGAAGCAUUGCGGCAAGAACUUGCUGUUUUGAGAAAGAAGAAUGGUGUGAGAAGCGUUAAAGUGGGUUUCCCCUUUCUGUUUGUUUGUAUGAUCGGACUUAUUGGUGUAGCUCUUGGAUAUAUUCUGCACUCUUGAAGAGAUGACUCAUCCCGAAAGGAAACUGGAGAAUACAAGUCCUGUGCUAGUUAGAAAUUCUGAGGAAAUGACCUUUUUUAUCCACCUGUAAGGUCAAAAUUAUGGUGGUAUAAGAUCUCGGUCUGUUUAUUAUGGUGAUUUUGUAAUCGGAUUUGGUGAUAACUGAUGUAGUUUUGUAUAUUAAGGAGCACUUAACAACCCCCCCCCCACCCCCCUUUUAGUGGUGGAAGAAUCGUCUUGUAAAGCAGUUUACGUUCUAUGAAUAAUAUUGGUAUGGUUGUUUACAACAGCCUUCCAAAAUUGAGGGCAAAAUGGAAAUAAUAUUUACCCCCC